GCCAAGAUGAACAAGAAAGCCUUAAUCGUGUUGCUGCUAGUGUCCAUGUUGAUGGUGGCCGAAAUGGACGCUUGGUUUAUUAGAUUCCGCCGAAUCCGUAUUCGUCUCCGCCGAAUCUUAGGUGAUGCCUGCAAAAAAACUUGUCCUCGGGCUUGUCCCAAAAUCUUAGGAGAAGCCUGUAAGUUCGGAUGUGGAAAACUUUGUGGGAGAAAGAAACGUAUGGUCCUGGAUCCUAACGUACACAUGACACCAUUGCCAGCAAACAUUGAUUUCUACGACCGCAAUGAGAACAAGGUUAUUGAAAUAGAAGAGUUUGCCGUCGCCUUGGCUCAAAAUGUCAACGAACCUGGUUUACAGGAAGCCUUCAACUUGACGGAUACUAACAGGGAUUACGUACUGUCGGAGGAGGAGUUCCUAACAGCCGAGCACUUGACCCUAGCUGUCUGAGAAGACCUGACAAGUGGUUCCCAUUGAAGAUGGAGACAAAAAGACACCAUUUCUUAUUGACAACACCCGGCC